AUGGCGGCAAACGCGAGAUAUGACCACGUUCCCCAGCGGGACUCGUUUGAAGACCAGCAGUACACCCAAACCCCGCCUUCUUACCAGGCUACCGCGCCAGAGCCGCGCAGCGAAGAUGACAACGUUCCGGAUGACUUUAAGUUUGGAGGCACUAUCGCGGAGGCAACCCUGCCAAUUCGGAUGCAGUUCAUCCGCAAGGUCUACGCUAUCCUGACGGUCCAGCUCCUCCUCACAACCGUCAUGAGCUCCAUCUCCUUCUUCAGCCCCAGCUACCGCACCUGGAUCCAGAGCCAUUUCUGGGUCAUGAUGGUAUCCGUUUUCGGCGCCCUCGGCUUCCUCCUCGUUACAUACUGGAAGCGCAAGAGUUACCCGACAAACUUGCUUUUCCUCUCCGGAUUCACCCUCCUCGAAGCCUACUCCAUUAGCGUCGUGACCUCGUUCUACGAGUCCGAGAUUGUGGUCCAGGCGCUCAUCCUGACGCUGGGAUUGUUCGUCGGCCUGACACUCUUCGCCUGCCAGACAAAGUACGAUUUCACAAGCUGGAUGCCGUAUCUUGCUGGAUCGCUCUGGUUCUUGAUCCUCUUUGGGUUUGUGGGUGCGUUUGUUCCGUUUGGCAGCACGACCAACCUUGUCUACGGCGGCCUGGCGGCUCUGAUCUUCUCUGGCUAUAUUCUGGUGGAUACGCAGCUUAUCAUGCGCCAUUACCACGUCGAGGAGGAGAUUGCGGCAUCCAUCUCGCUGUACCUUGACAUCCUUAACCUGUUCUUGGCUAUCCUGCGGAUCCUGAACAACCAAAACAACAACUAG